AUGUCUUUUCUUGUAAGUAACCCAGAACGAAUUAGGCGGUGGGUGUCCGAAAAGUUCAUUGUAGAAGGCUUGAGAGAAUUUGAACUGUUUGGAGAGCAGCCUCCGGGUGACUCUCGGAGAAAAACCAAUGAUGCGAGCUCCGAGUCGAUAGCAUCUUCCCCUAAAAGGGACACCAUGAGCAGCUUUUUACCAGACAGCAGCUGUUAUGAGUUGCUCACCAUAAUAGGCCACGGCUUUGAGGAGCUGAUGACUGUGAACCUGGCCAGGUAUAAACCAUCAGGAGAGUAUGUCACAGUCAGAAGGAUUAACCUGGAAGCCUGCACCAAUGAGAUGGUGACAUUCUUGCAGGGUGAGCUUCAUGUGUCCAAACUCUUCAACCACCCCAACAUUGUGCCAUAUAAAGCGACCUUCAUAGCUGACAAUGAGCUAUGGGUAGUGACCUCCUUCAUGGCUUAUGGUUCUGCAAAGGAUUUAAUCUGUACCCAUUUCAUGGAUGGAAUGAGUGAACUGGCUAUUGCUUAUAUCCUCCAGGGCGUUCUGAAGGCUCUUGACUACAUUCACCAUAUGGGCUAUGUACAUAGGAGUGUGAAAGCCAGCCACAUCCUGAUCUCUGUGGAUGGGAAGGUGUACCUCUCAGGCCUGCGCAGUAACCUAAGCAUGAUCAACCACGGGCAGCGGCUCAGAGUUGUCCACGACUUCCCCAAGUAUAGCAUCAAGGUCCUACCAUGGCUCAGUCCUGAAGUCUUGCAGCAGAAUCUCCAGGGUUAUGAUGCAAAAUCCGACAUUUACAGUGUGGGGAUAACAGCCUGUGAACUGGCAAACGGACACGUCCCAUUCAAGGACAUGCCUGCUACUCAGAUGCUGUUGGAGAAGCUGAACGGAACUGUUCCAUGCCUGCUAGACACCACCACGAUCCCUGCCGAGGAGCUGACCAUGAAAACAUCCCGCUCGUGUGCUAACUCCGGGAUUGGUGAAGGGAUGGCAGUUAGCAACGUGAGGGCAGCCAAUGGGGAGUCAACACUGCACCCUUACCAUCGGACUUUCUCACCCCACUUCCAUCACUUCGUAGAGCAGUGCCUGCAGCGUAACUCCGACUUGAGGCCAAGUGCAAGCACUCUGCUGAAUCAUUCCUUUUUCAAGCAGAUCAAACGUCGUGCGUCCGAAGCACUUCCUGAACUAUUGCGCCCUGUCACACCAAUCACCAACUUCGAAGGUACGCGGCCACAGGAUCCCAGUGGCAUUUUUGGACUGGUAUCCAGUCUGGAACAGCUAGAGGUGGAUGACUGGGAAUUCUAG